CUGAAAACAUAACAAACAUAAGCAGUUUUCGGAAAUUACGAAAAAAUUGUAUUAAAUGGUUUGCCAGCGCGACAGACGUACCUUCCAAAACUAUUACAAAUGUAGAACCAGCCGACUUGCUUCGUCUUCAACGGCUUCGUAACAUUGGGAUCAGCGCUCACAUUGAUUCAGGAAAAACUACACUCACUGAAAGAAUUCUCUAUUAUACCGGAAGAAUAAAAUCAAUUCACGAAGUUCGAGGUAAAGAUGGAGAAGGGGCCAAAAUGGAUAGUAUGGAACUAGAACGCGAGCGCGGGAUUACCAUUCAGUCCGCAGCUACGUAUUGCAAUUGGAAUUGGGAAGGUCAUGGUGAUUACAACAUCAAUAUUAUUGAUACGCCGGGUCACGUGGAUUUCACCAUAGAAGUGGAACGCGCUCUUAGGGUUCUUGACGGUGCUGUUCUAGUACUUUGUGGUGUUUCAGGUGUUCAGAGUCAAACUAUUACCGUGGAUCGUCAAAUGCGUCGUUACAACGUUCCUCGUAUAUCGUUCAUAAACAAGUUAGAUCGUGUGGGCGCGAACCCUUUCACAAUCGUUGAGCAGAUCAGACAAAAAUUAAGAAUCACGGCAGCGGCCAUACAAAUUCCUAUUGGCCUCGAAGAUAAUCUUAAGGGCAUUGUUGAUCUGAUCAAAUGGAAGGCCGUAUAUAAUGAAGGCGGUAGAGGUGAAAAAGUGAUCGAAAAAGAAAUUCCUGAGGAUCUUAUUGAGUUGGCUUUGGAAAAAAGACAAGAAUUAGUUGAAAAUUUGGCUGAUGUGGAUGAUCAGAUAGCGGAAAUAUUUUUGAUGGAAGAGAAGCCCACUUCCGAACAAUUGAUGGAUGCUGUUCGACGUGCAACCAUCGCGAACAAGUUCACACCAGUCCUCAUGGGUUCUGCUUUUAAAAAUACAGGAGUCCAGAGAGUUCUUGACGCAGUUUGCGCGUUUUUACCCAAUCCUGCAGAAGUACAUAAUACAGCGCUCGAUAUAAGUCGUAAAGAGGCCAAAGUCGACCUUAUUCCCUAUUCGAAAAACCCCUUCGUCGGUUUAGCGUUCAAAUUGGAAGACGGAAAAUAUGGACAGUUAACAUACGUCAGAGUUUAUCAGGGUUUACUUAAAAAAGGUUCUUUUAUAACUAACUCAAAGACCUCGAAGAAAGUUAAAGUUCCGAGACUCGUUAGAAUGCAUUCCAAUGAAAUGGAGGAUGUCGAAGAAGUUGGUGCAGGAGAAAUUUGUGCCAUGUUUGGUGUCGAUUGUUCAUCCGGAGACACGUUCACCGAUGGGACUUUGCAUUACACAUUGACUUCUAUGUUUAUCCCUGAUCCCGUGAUAUCUUUAUCCAUCACUCCGAAAGUGAAAGAUUCUGCGAAUUUUUCAAAGGCCCUAAACCGUUUUCAAAGAGAAGAUCCCACGUUCCGAGCUUCAUAUGACACGGAAAGUAAAGAAACAAUUAUAUCCGGAAUGGGAGAAUUGCAUUUGGACAUUUAUGUUGAACGUAUGAGAAGAGAGUACAACGUUGAUUGUGUUACUGGGAAGCCACAAGUUGCUUUCCGAGAAACAGUAACGUCAAUGGCAAAAUUUGAUUAUACGCAUAAGAAGCAAACAGGUGGUGCAGGACAAUAUGGUAAAGUUAUCGGAUAUAUUGAACCAUUACAAGAGCUAAAUGACGAAGACGAAGAACAACUACCAGCUUUUGAGAGUCGAGUUGUGGGAGGGCAUAUUCCAUCCAACUUCAUUCCAGCUGUCGAAAAGGGGUUUCUGGAUGGAUUGGAAAAGGGUUCAUUAAUCGGUCACCCGGUGAAGAAUGUUAGAUUUGUUCUGGAGGAUGGUGCACACCAUGCAGUGGAUUCCUCUGAACUCGCAUUUCGUCUGGCUGCGUUAUAUGCAUUUAGGGAAGCAUUUCUGAAGGCGAAACCUGUGAUAUUAGAACCCAUAAUGGAUGUAUCCAUCACUGCGCCACUUGAAUUCCAGGGCACGGUAAUAGGUAAUUUGAAUAAACGAAAAGGUACCAUUAUUGAUACCGAAGUUCAGGAGGAUUACUUUGUUGUGAACGCUGAAGUUUCCUUGAAUAGCAUGUUUGGUUAUUCAUCAGACUUAAGAAGUGCCACACAGGGUAAAGGGGAGUUCUCUAUGGAGUACAAGGACCACCGACCGGUAUCGCCAAAUGUUCAAGAAGAAUUAAUCAAUGAAUACAAGAAGAGAAAGGCAGCAGAGAAAAAAUGA